CAGCAGUAGCGAGCAGUAGUACCUUUUGCUGUUUGAUCGAGGUAACAGAUCAGGGAAACCGUUCGACAAAAUGUAUCCUAAAAAUAUUGGAGAACGCCAAGCCGUGAAAGAGCAUGUUAUGGCUGUUUCGAGAGAUUUCAUUUCGCAGCCACGGCUCACAUAUAAAACAGUAUCAGGUGUAAAUGGACCAUUGGUGAUAUUGGAUGAAGUCAAAUUUCCAAAGUUCGCAGAAAUUGUUCAAUUAAAACUUGCCGAUGGAUCGAUCAGGUCAGGUCAAGUCUUGGAAGUAUCUGGCUCCAAAGCAGUGGUUCAAGUAUUCGAGGGUACUUCUGGUAUCGAUGCAAAAAAUACCCACUGUGAAUUCACUGGAGACAUUCUUCGGACUCCAGUGUCUGAGGAUAUGUUGGGUCGUGUUUUCAAUGGAUCAGGAAAACCGAUUGACAAAGGUCCUCCCAUUCUUGCUGAAGAUUACUUAGAUAUCGAGGGUCAGCCUAUUAAUCCAUGGUCGCGUAUCUAUCCUGAGGAAAUGAUUCAGACCGGUAUUUCAGCAAUUGAUGUUAUGAAUUCUAUUGCUCGUGGUCAGAAAAUUCCUAUUUUUUCUGCUGCUGGUUUACCGCAUAACGAGAUUGCUGCACAAAUUUGUCGCCAAGCUGGUCUUGUAAAAUUGCCUGGAAAAUCAGUUCUGGAUUCUCACGAGGAUAAUUUUGCUAUUGUAUUCGCAGCUAUGGGUGUAAAUAUGGAAACUGCACGUUUCUUCAAACAAGAUUUCGAGGAGAAUGGUUCCAUGGAGAAUGUGUGCCUCUUUUUGAAUUUGGCCAAUGAUCCAACCAUUGAAAGAAUCAUUACUCCGCGUCUUGCUUUAACCGCUGCCGAGUUUCUAGCGUAUCAAUGCGAAAAACAUGUUUUAGUUAUACUCACUGACAUGUCUUCUUAUGCUGAAGCUCUUCGUGAGGUAUCAGCUGCCCGUGAAGAAGUACCCGGACGUCGUGGUUUCCCUGGUUACAUGUACACCGAUUUAGCCACCAUAUACGAACGAGCUGGGCGUGUCGAAGGUCGAAAUGGUUCCAUUACCCAAAUUCCAAUUCUAACUAUGCCAAACGAUGAUAUUACCCAUCCUAUUCCUGAUUUAACUGGAUAUAUCACUGAGGGUCAAAUCUAUGUGGACCGUCAACUUCAUAACAGACAAAUCUAUCCACCUGUGAACGUACUUCCGUCUUUAUCUCGACUUAUGAAAUCUGCUAUUGGCGAGGGUAUGACACGAAAAGAUCACUCUGAUGUAUCUAAUCAAUUGUAUGCUUGUUACGCUAUUGGAAAAGAUGUACAAGCUAUGAAAGCUGUUGUUGGUGAGGAAGCCUUAACGCCAGACGAUCUGUUAUACCUAGAAUUCCUUUCCAAGUUUGAGAAGAACUUCAUUUCUCAAGGAGGUUACGAAAAUCGUACCGUUUUUGAAUCAUUGGAUAUCGGUUGGCAAUUGCUACGUAUCUUCCCUAAGGAGAUGCUUAAACGAAUUCCUGCUAGUACUCUAGCUGAAUUUUAUCCAAGAGAUUCGCGUCAUUAAUCUUUCUUAUUUCUAUAAUUCAAUUACCUUUUAUGAAGAAGAAAAAAAAAAAAUGUAAAUGAAAGAUGGUAAGAAUAGAAAGGCCUGACCCGAAAAAGAAUAGUAAAAUGUUUAUAGUAUGUUGAAAAUGUAAGUACGAUACCAAUAAAGUUAUUUAUGUUACCGAAACCUUAAAGAAAAAUUUAAAUAAAAUUAUUACAUGUAUGAAAACAUUGAAUAUGAAGUUUGAACAAUGUUGAGAAACAUGUAACAUUAAAAAUAUUUGUACAGAAUUUAUGCUGAAAGGGUCAGCGCCAUGUUAUACUAUUUAACGUUGAUCUUGUAUGAUUAAUACAAUUUUGAUUAUAUUUUGUUUUGUGCAAAUACUUCACUCAAAAGUGAUCGUUGUAAAGUGUAAUAUAUUCUACAGUAUUAACAUAGAGAAAAAAAAAAA